AACGAGCUAGAGCGAGGACAGAAACAGACAGAGAGAGAGAGAGAGAGAGAGAGAGAGAGAGAGAGGAGGCAUCAGUCUUUCUGUAACAUUAUCAAAUCAACUUGCCCUGUGUUCUGUUUCUUCCUGUGUGACUGGAUCUGUCAGUCGCUUUUAUUUCUUGGAUCUGGAUGUACCAGGGGGGACGUUUCGUGACAUAACACUGAGCCCAGAGGACCAGACUAGGACUUCCUGUGAUGGGGAAGCAGUGUUCUCUAGGGGAGCACAAUUUCACCUGGUCAGAUACCCUCCACUGAUCGGUCUGAGCAGUUAGCGUUUUAAUCAGCGAGGACAUAGAGGGUUUCGUCGACACAUUGACGUCAGAGACGUAUCAGGAAUUGCGACUAGAGAGGAGAAACAGAGGGGAGAGAUGUUGGCGCAGGGCGGGCCUUGGGCCCUGUCUGUCAUAUCACUGGUCCUGCUGCUGUGGCAAGAAGUGUCUGCUAUCGAUGUUCCUCUCGAUUCAAAGAUCCAGCAGGACCUGAAGCAGCCUCCCACCAUUAUGAAACAGUCGUUGAAGGACUACAUUGUUGAUCCCAGAGAUAACAUCAUCAUUGAGUGUGAGGCCAAGGGGAACCCCGUGCCAACGUUCUUAUGGCAACGGAACGGGAAGUUCUUCAACGUGGGGAAGGAUCCGCGGGUGACGAUGCGGAAGCGCUCAGGAACGCUGGAAAUCAGCUUCCGGAGCGGAGGGAGGCCAGAGGACUACGAGGGGGAAUACCAGUGUUUUGCCUCCAACAACUUUGGAACGGCGCUGACUAACAAGAUCCUACUACGAGUGUCCAAGUCUCCUCUGUGGCCUAAGGAGGUGUUGGAGCCAGUGGUAGUGGGUGAGGGAUCUCCCCUGGUCCUGGCCUGUAACCCUCCUCCUGGUCUGCCCCCUCCGCUCACCUUCUGGAUGGACAGCGCCAUGAUGCCUAUAACCCAGGACAAGCGUGUGUCCAUGGGUCUGAAUGGAGACCUGUAUUUCUCUAAUGUGCUGGCUAAAGACUCCCACACAGACUACAGCUGCAACGCCCGAUUCCUCUUCACACACACUAUCCAGCAGAAGAACCCCUUCACACUCAAAGUGCAGACCAAGGAGCCGUAUAAUGACACUUCCUCUGUCAACUCCACUGACCCGUACGGUGGUCGUAAGGUAGCAGAGACCACCCCUAACUUCCUCUCCCCCACGGGGACUGACAGCUCGAGGAUGGUGAUGAGAGGAGAAAAGCUAAAGCUGGAGUGUAUCGCUUCCGGAGUUCCAACUCCCAGUAUAAAGUGGUUUAAGAAGGGGGGAGACCUGAACCAGAAGGUGAAACUAGACAACUUCAAUAAGACUCUGCGUAUCGACAGUGUGUCAGAGGAGGACGCAGGGGAGUACAUGUGUAUGGCCAACAAUCAGAUAGGAAGCAUCCGACACUCCAUCUACGUCCAGGUUAAAGCGGCUCCCUAUUGGCUGGACCAGCCGUCCAAUCUGGUGCUAGCGCCGGAUGAGAACGGUCGUCUGGUGUGUCGGGCCAACGGAAACCCCAAACCUCACAUCCAGUGGCUGGUCAACGGAGGGCCGAUCAAUAGCAAUAGAUCCUUGCCCAACCCUAGCAGAACAGUGGCAGGUGACACCAUCAUGUUCCGCUCCGUUCAGAUUGGCAGCAGCGCUGUGUACCAGUGUAAUGCAUCCAAUGACCAUGGUUACUUGCUGGCCAACGCAUUCAUUAGCAUACUGGACAUGGCCCCCAGAAUGCUGGGUCCUAAGAACCAGCUGAUAAAGGUGAUAGAGAACAACAGAACCUUCCUGGACUGUCCCUAUUUUGGCUCGCCACUUCCUGUGCUACGCUGGUUUAAGAAUGGUCAAGGAAGUGGUCUGGACGGUGGUCACUAUCGGGUCUACAUCAACGGGACCCUAGAGAUCAAGCGUGCACGGGCUGAGGACCAGGGGACCUACACCUGCGUGGCCACCAACAUCCUGGGCACGGAGGAGAACCAGGUCCGCCUGGAGGUCAAAGAGCCGACACGUAUUGUCAGGGCUCCAGAGCACCAGUCAGCCACCAGAGGCACCAUGGCUCGUUUCGACUGCCGGGUCAAAUCAGACCUCACCCUGCCCAUCACUGUUACCUGGCUGAAGGAUGACAAGCCUCUCUCCCUGGGAUCGAGGUUGAAGAAGGAUGAGGAUUCUCUGUCCAUCCCCAAUGUCCAUGAGGGAGAUGAGGGAACAUACACCUGCACUGUUAAAACAGAGAUUGACCAAGACACUGCCUCAGCACGCCUUACUGUGACAGAGGACGCCUCCCUGUCUAGUGUCUUGCCUACAGACCGUCCUGACUCUCCCAUGGACCUGGAGUUGUCUGACGCUAAAGAACGCAACAUACGACUCACUUGGAUACAUGGAGAUGAUCACAACAGCCCCGUCACAUUGUUCGUGGUUCAGUUUGAGGAGGACCGUUGGGAGUCAGGCAAGUGGCAGAACCUGUCUAGUUAUCCCGGAGACGUCAGCACUGUCAUCCUGGAGCUCUCUCCUUUCGUCAACUACCAGUUCAGAGUCAUCGCUGUCAAUUCUGUGGGCCAGAGCCGCCCCAGCCUCCCCUCGCAACGAUACCAGACCAGCGGAGCUCCUCCAGAUGCUAUCCCUAGAGGCCUGAAAGGCUGGGGCACCAAGAAGAACAACAUGGAGAUCAGCUGGGAGCCCUUGUUGGACACAGAGCGAAACGGCCCUAACCUGCACUACUCGGUGUGGUGGCGACGUAAGGAUACGGGGGAGGAAUGGAGUAAUGUGACUACAGUGGGUGCAAAGCACAUUGUCCACGACACAGAGACCUACGUACCCUAUGAGAUCAAACUGCGGGCUGUGAAUGACUUUGGACUGGGAGGCGAGUCCAACAUCAUCAUAGGAUACUCUGGGGAGGACAAGCCCACAGCCCCUCCCACUGACCUGCGAGUGUCUAAGAUUGACAGCACCAAGGUCAAUGUCCACUGGACCCCAGUAGAUCCCAGCACUGUAUUGGGAGAGUUCAAGGAGUACAGGGUGUACUACUGGCGGGAGGGCAGCAUGGUGAAGGGUCUGCGUGUGAAUAAAGAGAAGAAGACUAAAGGGUUCUACAGUACCGUGGCCCAGCCUACUGGCAUACUGACAGACCUACAGCCAUACAGCCACUACCGCAUAUACAUGGUGGUCGCCAACAAUCGCUACGAGGGACCGCCUAGCAACCAUGUGGAGUUCCGUACCAAGGAAGGAGUGCCAGAAGCUCCUAAGUUCUUUAAGAUCAUCCAGCGGAGUACAGAUGUUAUCCACCUGGAGUGGGACAAACCCCUGGAGCCUAACGGCAUUCUGAUUGGAUAUAAACUCAACUACCAGACAGUGAACGGGUCGCGUGUAGGCCUUAUGCAGAUGCAGAGUUUCCUACCUAACGUGACAACGUACACACUCCGCCUGCCCGAACGAGCCAUCCGCUAUAAGUUCUACCUGGCGGCCCUCACACAGGUGGGAGCAGGGGAGGUCUAUGCUGAGGAGUCUCCACACUUCACCAAUGAGGAAGACUUUUUCAGCUCAGUCGAGCCUACAGAUGUGUCCGUGUCUACAACUUUCCCUCCACCUCCUCCCACUACUACCGCUGCUACUACAACCAUUAGUACCUCAACUACUACUCCCCCUACCACUACUACCACUACUACCACUACUACUACUACUACUACUACUACCACUACUGCUGCGACUACUGCUACCACUCCUGUGCUGGUUACCAGCACCAAGCAAGCACAUACGAAUGUGUUGGUAGGCAUGGCUCCUGGGAGUGUGAUCUGGAACCUGACGGUGGAGCCUAACAGUAACUACGCUAACGUCAGCUGGAACCACAACUUCCCGGCCGGCAGCAGCGAGUUCCAGCUAGAGUUCACACUGGACAGCAACGGCAGUAUGUCAAGCGUACCUGUGAACCAGCCGCCCAUUAAGCUGGCGGGACUGAUCGAAGGGGCCAAGUACCACCUAAGGGUGUACUCCAACGAAUACCACAGCAUCUCCAGCAAUGUUGUCACCUUUGAGACCAGUGCAGCCUACAGUAAAGACCAGGUGGACAUUGCUACCCAGGGCUGGUUCAUCGGGCUGAUGUGUGCAAUUGCUCUCAUUAUCCUCAUCCUCCUCAUCGUCUGCUUCAUCAAGAGGAGUCGCGGAGGCAAAUACCCAGUGCGAGAGAAAAAAGAUCUCCCUCUGGAUGCAGUGGAUCAGAAAGGAGAGGACGGAUCAUUUGACUACCAGAACGAAAAUGAGAACGAAAACGAGAACAGUUGUUCCUUCAAAAGAGGCAUGGCUUACGUGAAACUCACUCGACUCUGCUUUCCGACUAGAUGGCGUUUCCAUUUUCCGUAUGGAUCGUAUGGUGGCUUCUGCAGCGACGAGGACAACAAGCCUCUGCAGGGCAGCCAGAACUCUCUGGACGGCGGGGUGAAGGAGAGUGACGACAGCCUGGUAGACUACGGCGAGGGAGGGGAUGGCCAGUUCAACGAGGACGGCUCCUUCAUUGGCCAGUACACAGUCAAGAAGGACAAGGACGAAACAGAGGGCAAUGAAAGCUCAGAGGCCACCUCACCCGUUAACGCCAUCUACUCCCUGGCAUAACCCCCCCGCCCGCCUCGGCCUGGGGAUCUGAGGAGCUCCCCUUAGCGGUCGGAGGGUGAUAUUACCACCACUACUACUACCACACACACACAAACACAGAUAUGAAUAUGAAUAUAUAUAUAUGAAUCUAUAAAAACACGUAUACACACGUAAACACACAGCGCCUGCCUGGAAACUGUUUGGCCUCUUUAAGCGGACGGAGAAACCGUUCCUCUGAGAAAUAAGGGGGUGCGAAUGGAAUGGAAUGGAAGCUACCAUAUACAGUGAGCCAAGCCUUUAUUGUCAGCUCCAGAAAAUGGCUUGCCGAGGCAAAGUUUGGGAAUCUUGAACAGUACCAGUUUCUCAAUGCUCCUCCUCCUCCUGCCCAUCACACAGACUUUAGUGUGCCUAAAGGGCUGACCUCAACUACAGAGGACUAAGAGGCAACGCAGAGGUUUUCAAGCAUUUUGUGUGGCACUAGAGCUUUUUUGUUUUCAACGUCCUCAGCUUUUCCCGCAAUCCCCCUCUUCGUCCCACACAUAUCACGCCCCCUGUGUCUUUACCCAGCAUUCCUAGGGAAGGAGACACAGACAUAUCAGCUACGGACCACCAACAUAGCAGGAUGUCGGCAGAUAUGUUUAUCAUAUUGAUAUUUCCGCAAAGAGAGAUAAUUCUGGUACAAUAGACGAGUCAUUAGAAUAUAUUAAUGCUGUAAACACUGCUAGCUCACCUUCUAGUGCGCUGCAAAACUAUGCACUACCACCAUCUCAUGUUUUUGGGUAAAGUCUGGUUAUGAAUUCAAAUUUUUUUUUUUGUGUGUUGAUUCUCACAGGUUUAAAGAAGAAUAACUUGCUUAAUGAAAUGGUAUCGUUCCCUCCCCAUCCCGCUGUGGUAAAUGUACUUCUGAUUCACCUCCAAUCUCAAGUCGUGUGGAGAUAUUCAAAAUGGCCACAGCUAUAGCAAUGCCAUUCCUGCCUCAAGCUUUGUUAUGGUACAAGCCUAUACUAUGUCAGUUAUAAAUGACAUUUGAAGAAAAAAAAAAUUUUCAAGCAUGGUAGUACUUUAGUGCAAGAGACAAAGGAAAAGUAGCAUGGAGAGGAGGUUUGCUCUGCUUGGUAAACUGCUACAGACUGUCUGUCCAUCUCUAUGGUGAAUGGUGCUCCAAGGAGGUGACUCACUUCUUGUUUACUUCCUGUUUAGCAUGGCUGUGAUCCUUAGGCUAGGCUUGAUCGGCACCUCUUUUGUCUGCUUCUUUUAUAACUGGUCUCGUUAUGGGACAGGCAGAAUCUGUAGAGGCAUGUCUUCACCUUCAAACUUCUAAAAAUGAUUUGGAAUUAUAUUUGACUCUUGAAGUCAAAACGAAACGAAAUACUGCUACAAAACAUAUUCAAUGUCUUUGAAUAUAGGAUACAGACAACUCUGUGAAGGUAAUGAACGUCCCUGCAGAUUCCACCUGGCCCUAGUCAUCAUUGUCAUACGAAGUCAGUAUGUCAAGGAAGUGUGAAGAAGUUAGAACACAUCGAUACUAAUACAUUGGUGGACCUCCAUUUUACCAUUUGAUCCUUUCAAUAGUCGAACUCAUUCAUGAGUCUUCCUUGAUGUUUCACCUCUUGAAGCGGUAGAAAGCUCAACACCCACUUUUACAACCUAUCACAACAGCGUUACUAAAGUCUUUCACGUUAAAUCAAAUAGAUCUUCGCAAAAAAAAACGGACAAUUAGCUAACAGAGGUCACAUUGUAUUUCAGAUUACUAUUUUAUAUUUUAAUUUAUUACAUUAUGUCGAUAGUGUUAAUUAAUAUAUUAGUAAUUCACUCAUUAAUUGUUGAAUACACAUUUUUGACCAACUGAAUUAAUGGUAUCACAUCAGAGCCCACUCGGAAAGCCACGAUAAAAAACUUAACGGGAUUUGUUAUUGUACAUAAGGAAAUACUGCUGUAUGACUCAUCUUUUGUUGCUAUGGGUAUUCUUCUGUAAACUAACAACAUUGACUGUCACCAUUAAAGACGUUGUGUCGAUCUAUUCAUUGUGCUGCUCUUCAUGUUGAGUAUUCAUGUUUGUAUUACUGUUAAUAUUCCAUGUUGGUAUUAGAAUUUAUUUAAUAUAACUUUAACUUAACACAGAAAUGUAACAUUGCUUAUUUGUUUGACAUACUGUAACUGUGCGUACACGUAAGUCCUGAAACAAUAUGUCUUUGUAAAUAUCUAUCAGAAAAACUGCUUUAUGAGUAAAGAAAUAGUCACAAGUCUGUAUCCACCAAGCAAAUGUACCUGGUGCAUCCCAAGAAUGAUGUCAUGUGGACCUUUGCAAUGUAGCUUUGAUUACGAUUGGGGACUCAAAAUGACUCAAUUGAUGUUGUCCCUAACAACUUGCUUUGAAAUUGUAAUAUAUGGCUUGUGACUUGUCUAUCGGUCUGUCACUUUUCUGAUUAUCACUAAUUCAAAAGAAACAGUUGAGAAAUAACACUAUGUUGUGGAACAGGUAUAAAGUAGUCAGCCACAUUAUGGUGUAAAUAAAAAGUGCUAAUGAAAUGUGUUGUUGUAGCAUACUGCACACACCUGUUCAAUAGGUAUGAAAAAUAAGCAUUUGCUGAGGUAAUGGAUAGCCAAUUUUCCCCUAUUUUGUUUGUUUUUGUAUUGUCGUCUCUUAAUAAGGCAACCCCAGACUUUCUCAAGGCUGCACAGACUCAUUCUCCCAUCAUGCCAUUCACCUAACAUGCCUGCUGCUCCACUCCUCCUGGUGACAGCCCAGUGGCUGGUGGCCAUUUUGAAAGGGACAGAUUUGGUCGUGUGCUUCACUUCUUUAAAGAGAUGUCUUGUGUUCUGCCUUCCUCCUCAUCUUAGACUUUAAAAAAAUGGAAUAUACUGUAUGGCCAUCAACAUCCUCUGUGAACGGGUCCUCUUGAAACCUUCUUUCUCCAGUAUGUCAAAGCAAGUUUUGACCCAUUUUGUUUUUCAUGUUGUUUCUUUGUGGUAAAGUUCACCGUGACCACCGGGUAGUGACUACAUUAGCCUACCAUGCGCAGACACCUGACCACUGUAUUAACAUGAGGACACAGGAGGCCAGGAGUGCUGGCAGAGACACAAUACAGUGCCUUUCCUGUUGCUAUAUGCUCUCCUCAACAAGACAAAGUGCACAGAGAAACAGUCCAAUCACCAACCUCCAACAACCCUUAAAAACGACUGAAUCACAGAAUGUUCGAUGACGGAUUUGGCCUUGAACUCACCGUUGUUUGAGUUCUGUACAAGCCCUUUCCCCUGAUAGCCUUUCUCCUUUCCCUGUAUGGAUCCGUAAGGGGUAAUUAGUGAACUGGCUAGAAAACAGAAAAUAUAAUAAUGCAUAUUUGCUGAUACACAGUGCUUUCUUCUGUAUUUUUAUUUGUUUGAGCACGUUUACUGGAGGUGCAUAAGGAGUAGUGUUUUUUUUGUUCCGUUUGUAAUGUGUGUAUCAUCGACACGACUCCUCCCUUAGAAUAGCAAAUAACUUUUCAACUAUCAAGGGGUAACAAAAAUGUAAAAGUAUCAAUGUGCAUUUUCACAGCUUUGAGUUCACUUGAUUUUUAGAUUCUGCAAAACUGCGGUUUUAUUCUUCAACGAGAUGCCCAUAACAAUUAUAAAAUUGGCGCAUGUAUUGUUAUUGUUCAUGUUCUUGUUAAAUGAUUUUAAUUUCUGCUUUUUACUUUUACAAUUAUAAGUGUAUCAAAGCGUCCGUCAAGCCUCUACUCGCAAAAGAACAGCUUUUGUAACGUACAUCUAAUCAACGGAGAAAUGGCAUAUUAAUAUAUUCACAAUGUAUGCGUGUAUGAUGAGAUGUUGCAACUUCGGCUAGAAACGCCUUCUUUAUAGUAAAGCAUUCUCUUUUUCUCUAAA